UAUGCUAUUAUCAUAUUAUAUUAUCAGUUAUUAAUCUAAUUAUUUCCAUAUUUCUACAUAAUACAUACAUUUUAUUUACAUUUUAUUAUAUCAGAAUAAUACAUAUUUGGACAAUUAAUUCUUCCAUUCAUUCAUUUUGCUACAAAUAUGUGUUUGAUGUAGUUGAUUUUAAACAUGCACAACAUUAACAGGUAAUACAAUAUAACAACCGCCUUAUGGAUUAAUAAUUAUUUAUUAUAUUGUGCAAAGUGUAAUUACUUUUGUUAAUUUCAGGACAAAUUUGUCGGACUGUAAUCUAGAAAGAUUUCCUGGUAAUAGUAGAAACCGUUAUAACAAUACAAAAAAACCUAAACUCUCAAGAUCAAAGAAUGCCAAGAUUGAUAAUCGGCCACCCAGUUGUAAUGAACAAAUAUCUGAAUUUUCUACACACCAAUGGAAUCAAUCCAAUCAACGAUUAUACCCUACAAUGUCAGAUUCUGCGGUCUGUGGUUAUCCUGUUCCAUUUAAUAUACCUGUUGAUCCACGUUUUCAUACAUUGUAUCCUGUGUAUCAACCAUAUGUGUCUGUUGGUAUUGGCAGGGAAUAUCUAGAACCUAGUCAACAUGUAUCAUCUAGAGAUCAAUUUACUAGUUUACCUCCAAUCAAUGUUAUAGAUAGUGAAUCUGAAAUUAAGCGUACUCAUAGUGAUCCAGGGUUAAACAAUCAAGAUGAUAAAUUUGAACUAAUCAGCAGUGAUUCAGAACCAGAUUCAUUUAAUACAUGCUAUGCUAAUGAAGUAGCAGAGUUGAAAAAAGAUAAUCAGAGACUUUCUAAUGAAUUGGAAUUAGUAAAGAUAGAAUUGCGAAAUUUGAAAUUGGAUAUGUCAAGUAAAAAUAAUGAAAAAUGUAUCUGUGCCGAUCCAGGAUCCAUUACAAGUAAUUUCUGAGGAAUAUUAAAUAUAUAUAGCAGUGACAUUGAAUUUAACUUUUAAUAUAUUUCAUAUAAUUUUAUUUAGAUAUUAUUCAAGAAAUAAGAGCAGCUCAUAAGUUAAUGGAACAGACAUUGGAAUCCAAAUUAAAUUCAUUUAGUGCUAAUAAAAAUGAAAUCACAGUAAAAAUUGUUUUAUUGUUUUACAAUACAAUACAAUUGUUUAACAAAAUUUAUUUAAUGUUAUUUACUUAUUUUACAGAAUAAUAAUUCUCAAAUAUCAUCUAUUCAUAAACGAUUAGAAAAAUUAGAAAAGUCUUAUGAUACAGCACAAAACAUAAAAUUACAAAAGUGAGAUUCUUUAAUUUAAAUUAUUUAUGUAAUACACUGAUUGUUAUUUGGCAUUUUAUAUUUUAUAAUAUUAUACAAAUAAAUGUCUUUCUACAAAUAUUAAAGUUUUAAAAUUAUGUUAAAUUAACUUCAAUAACUUAACACUAACUAUAUUUUAGUUCAAAAUGUUUUAAAUUAAAUAACUAAACCAAUUUAUAUGAUAAUUAUGAUUAUUAAAAUGUAACCAAAUUAAUAAUAUUAAAGUUUAUAUUGAAAAAUUAUCCAUUUUUAAGUAUUGGGUAAACAAAUAUUAUUUUGGCAACUUCAAAGAAGACUACUCAGAGUUGUAAAAAAUAACUCAUAUUUAUUUUAUAACAGAUAGGUAGAUAAUUGAACGUAGUUAUUUCUUCAAUGAAAUAUUUCGGAAUUGUUCUAUAGUACAGAAUCAAAGAGACUGACACAGUCUUUUAAAAGACUUAAGUAAGGUUUUAAAAGUUAAUUUUGAGUUAUUUUUUGAAUAAAGAUUGAUUUUGAUUUUAAAAUACAAUACAAAUCAUUUCAAUGAAUACUUAAAUGGGUUAGAAUCACUAAUUUAAUUUAUUGUUCAAAGUGUUUAUUUGAAACACAGAUAUCUUAAUUUAAGAUUCAAAAUUAAUUUGUUCUUAUAAGUAUGGCACAAUUUUAUAAUUUAAUAAAACUAAUUAAAUAGUUUGUAUUAUAGAUAAUACAUGUAUUUUAUAUUUUUGACUUAUUAUUAAACAUAACUUACUUUACAUGUUUUAAACUACAUUGAUAUUUUUCUUAUUUUUGAUUUUAGAGCAAAGGAUCUGGAUACAAGAGUUAAUAAAAAUAAUUUAAAAAAUAAUAAUUCUCAAAAAAAAAGCUCUACUCAUCACAGUUCAGUUGUUACUGCUUUGUAACACAAAUUAAAAAUCAAAUAUUAUAUAUUAACGAAUAAUGCCAUAAAGGAUUUGACCAAAUAUUAUAUUAAAUUAAAUAAGUAAUAAUUAAAAUACUGGUACCUAUUUAAGUACCAACAAAUAAUAUGAAAUUAGACAAGUGAUUUAAAAACUUUAAAUCAAUAAUUUUAGUUAAAUAUUUACUAUAAAACAAUUUUUAUGCGUUUACUUAUAUGAACUUAAUUUUUUGUUUAAUUAUUAUUAUUAAUUUUGAGAAUUACAAUUUUUAUUAAUAUAAUUCUGAUUUUUAAUAAUUUUAUUUGUCAAAUAAAGUUAGAUUUAUUCCAAAUAUAUAUUCCAUAUUUAUAUGUUACUUAUCAAGUUGACCCAACUUUUGUUUACAUAUUCCUUCCAUUGUAAUAGAUAUAAAUAAGCCAAUCAAAGAGCUUGACACGCGUGCGUUUUUUUACUCUAAAACAUGCCUAAUGGGAAAAACUCUUCUCGUGCCUCGUCAGUGGUCUGAUUUCAAUGAUAAUUUUUUUUGUAAGAAAGAAGAUGACUUCCUUCAGAAUUUUGUUAAUUAAUAUUUUCAUUUUAAAUUUUAUCCAUAAGAAGGCAAGUUUAUAAUUUUUUUUUUUUUUUUUUUUAUCAUUAUUUAAAAUCAAAUAACAAAUCAGAAUUCAAUAUGUUUUGAAUAUAUAUAUACAAUUAUUUAUUUUAAAUAAUAUAAUGUUAUAAUGUUGAAAAUGAAUUAUUCCCGUAAAGUCAUUGUUGAACAUAAAAACAGCAUCUUUCCACUAAAUGGAUAUGGGUUAAUAAAUUAGGGAAAAUUUCAAAUUUUACAUAAUUAGAGAAAAUUUUGAAAACCAGCUCCAGGUUUCUUAAUUAAAAUUAGAUAUAUGUAAUUUUACUAUUCUAAAAUCAAUACUACUAUAUAAUAUUUGUAAUAAAUUAAGUAAAUAUUAUAAAAUGAUUUAUUAAAUAUACAUAUUUUGAUUUAGAUUGAGUAUAAUGGGUCACUUAUCAUUCAUUGAUGUUAAUAUUAUUUAUCAAACAUACAUUUUUUAUUAUCAUGUUUAGCCCUAAUUAAAAAAAAAUGAAUACUUAAUAUUUAAGUAAAUAUUGGACUUAAACCAAUGAAAAACUAUGAAAUUCUACUUAAUUGAACUAUAUAGUACAAAUUACAAAUAACAUGAACACAGGGUCAACUUAAAAUUCCACAAACUUUUGUCAUUACUCUAUAUUUAAGAAAUUUUGUAUAAUAGGUUUAAAUCCCUAUAGAUAAUUAACCAUAAUUAGUUUUAAUAUGUAAUUGUAUGAAUAGUAAUUAGUUAUAAUGUUAUAAUAGUUAGUCAAUUUGUAUUGUUUAGUUUAAUCAGAAAUCCAACACUUAAUUAAAAUACAUGCUGUGUAUUCUAUAACUAAAGUUUUGAAAUUUUCAAAUUAUACUAAACUGUGUACAUCACAUUAACCAUGCGAGGUCAUUUAUACAUUUUUUCAAUAAUUAUAUUGAAUAGUGAUAUUUUUUUUAUUGCUAUUUAAACUUCCUAAUAAUUAAAUAUCUAAUAAUAAUAUUUAAUUUAGUUCAAAACUUUAAUUUUAUACAAGGUAUAAAAUUAAAUUUAAAUUUAAAAUCCAUUUAGUUUUCAUUUUUAUCCCUUGUUAUAUU